CCUCCCCCAGGCCUGCCACCAAAUCCAGCCCUUGUUAUGGACCAUCUUAGGAUUCUCGUGAUUACUGUGUUUGGAAAGGACCUCUCUGCUGCUAAAAAUAGGGAAAUCUCUUCUUACUUUAGACCUUUGGUGGGAUACAUACGUUUGUGGACACCAGGCUUUUGUGUCAUUGAGCCUGAGAAAGGGAGUGAGAUUACAGGUGGUGGUAAGCAAAAGGCAGGCAGUCCUUCCACUCCAGCUGAGCAGUACUGAUGGAGUGGGUGUGGAGGCAGGAUUCCCCACCUGAACAUGAUGGCAGGAUUUCCCACUGCUGGGCACGGAGGCAGGCAGGAUUCCCUCCCGCUGCGCACAGUGGCAGGAUUUCCCACUGCUGGGUGCGGAGGCAGGAUUCCCCACCUGGGCAUGGUGGUAGGAUUCCCCACUGCUGGGUACAGUGGCAGGAUUGCCCCCCACCCCCUGGUUGGGCCGGAGGCAGGCAGGAUUUCCCCCCUGCUGGACAUGGAGGCAGGCAGGAUUUCCCACUGCUGGGUGCGGAGGCAGGGUUCCUCUUGCUGGGUGUGGAGGCAGACAGUAUUUCCCAUUGCUGGGUGUGGAGGCAGGCAGGAUUCCCCACCGCUAGGCGUAGUGGCAGGAUUACCCACUCCUGGGCACGGAGGCAGGAUUUGCCCCCACCCCCUGGUUGGGCAUGGAGGCAGGCAGGAUUUCCCACUGCUGGGCUCAGAGGCAGGCAUGAUUCCCCCCUGCUGGGCACGGAGGCAGGCAGGAGUCCCCACUACCGGGCUUGGUGUCAGGAUUUCUUUCCUGUUGGGCAUGGAGGCGGGCAGGAUUUCCCACUGCUGGGCUUGGUAUCAGGAUUUCUUCCCUGUUGGGCAUGGAGGUGGGCAGGAUUUCCCACUGCUGGGCUUGGUGUCAGGAUUUCUUCCCUGUUGGGCAUGGAGGCGGGCAGGAUUUCCCACUGCUGGGCUUAGAGGCAGGAUUUCCCGACUGCUGGGCACGGAGGCAGGAUUUCCCCCACCCCUGCUCUGGGCACGGAGGCAGGCAGGAUUCCCCCCUGCUGGGCGCAGACGCAGGAUUCCACCCCCACCCCACACUGGGUGUGGAGGCAGGCAGGAUUUCCUGCAGGGUGCAGUGACAGGGUUUCCCACUGUUGGGCUUGGAGGCAGGAUUUCCCCUGCUGGGCAUAGUGGCAGGAUUCCCACUGCUGGGCAACACCGUGAGAGCUGGAAGACCUGACGGGCACACGCCAUCCCUUCAUGCUGCCUCAUCUCUCUCCUGAAGAUCUUUCUCUCUUUUCUUAAAAAUAUUCUUAUUUGUAGACAGAAUGAAGUUAGUGUGUAUUGAUAAAUGACCUCCAAGGAACUCCUCAAAGAGUAUGGCCAUUUAUUGGAUCUACUUUUCAACUGAAAAUGUAGAAAUACUUGUGAGGUUUUUUUCUAUGGUCUAUUUUAGGUGGGCGAUUAUAUUUUUUCAUUACUUGUGGUAUGUGGGGCCCUCUAUUUUUAAUGGGGGAAUUUCAUUUUGAUGAUCAUAAACAUUAUUUCAUGAUUAAAGUUGUGUUUGAAGUUGUUAUAAAAUGUGUUUCCUUUUAUCCCCUGUUGCAGGCCCUUGUUCAUAUGUAGAUAGUAAUAUUUUCACCUUGUGCUAAAAUUAACUUGCUAGGCUCUUGUAGUUUGUUACUUAAGAAAACUGAAUGUGAAGUGUCCUGAAAUUCUGGUAGGGGUUCCGAUAAAGGUGGUACUGUAGUUAUACAGCCUUACAAUUUUGUAUUUCAUCCCACAGCUAAAAAAAUACCCCACAGCAACAAACUUGUAAC